UUUAGUAAAUGCGGUCACAUUCGCAUAAAACUUCAGCAUCACCCGUUGAAACGUCAAAGUUGUUGUUGGUGUAGAAUCAAUUACCAAUAGGUCAUAUCUAUGAAGCUCAAUUAAUUGUUGGAUUUAUUCGCAGAAAGAUGGCAUUCAUUGUAAACGACGUCGACAUAAGCGCGGCAGAGCCGAAAGAAUUGCUCUUCGACAAGCAUGUCGAGUACAUAGCAAACCACGGAAAUGACCAAAAUGACUUUGAAUAUUGUAUGACGGAGUUUCUCAGGAUGUCAGGCAUUUACUGGGGCGUUACUGCGUUAGAUCUAAUGCAACAACUGGAAAAACUCGAUCGUAAAUCGAUUGUUGAGUUCAUAAAGAAAUGUCAAUGCCCAACGAGUGGCGGGGUGGCAGCCUGCGAAGGACACGAUCCGCACAUGCUUUACACCCUCAGCGCCGUUCAGAUUCUUUGCAUUUAUGAUUGUUUGGAUCAGAUUGAUGUCGCAGGAGUGGCGAGGUAUGUAGCGAGUUUACAGCAACCAGACGGCAGCUUCUUCGGAGAUAAAUGGGGUGAGGUGGACACUCGAUUUUCGUUUUGUGCAGUCGCGAUUCUUACUUUGAUUAAUAAACUAGACGUUAUAAAUGUGCCUAAAGCCGUGGAAUUCGUUAUGUCCUGCUGCAAUGCGGACGGCGGUUUCGGAUCCAAACCGAAUGCAGAGUCGCAUGCGGGAUUGAUUUACUGCUGUGUGGGCUUCCUGUCGAUUACCAACCAACUGCACAGAUUGGACUGUGAGAAGCUAGCCUGGUGGCUCUGUGAGAGACAGUUACCUAGUGGCGGACUGAAUGGACGUCCUGAGAAGUUACCGGACGUUUGCUAUUCGUGGUGGGUUCUUGCCUCGCUCACUAUUAUGGGAAGACUGCACUGGAUCAGUUCAGAUAAGUUGAAGGUGUUCAUUCUGUCCUGUCAGGAUACUGACACUGGUGGGUUUAGCGAUCGGACGGGAAAUCUUCCGGAUAUAUUUCACACGCUCUUCGGGCUUGGUGCACUUUCCCUACUCGGUCAUGACAAGUUGCUGAAGGUUAACCCGACAUUUUGCAUGCCGCAGUAUGUUCUAGAUAAGCUUAAGAUUAAUACACAGAUUAUUAGCGUUUAGAGGCAUCCAAUUGUCUUAAAAUUGUACAUUUAUAGUUUUAUUUCCCAAAUAAAUGUGAUAAUUCUGGCUGGAA